UGUGACUCGGUUAUUUCUGCAAACGAAAGAACGAAUCGCAGACACCUUUUAGUUGCUCAUUUUACGAUUUUUAGUGCUUACAUCUUUAUGUUUAAUAAUUAAAUAACAGUGUACUGUACGAAACAACAAACAAGUCGAUCGUGAGCCAGUCUUGUUAAAAGAAACGAAAAGCUUUUCAAGAAGUUUUAUUAUCAAUGACCCAGAUUUCCUGUUAGUGUGAUGGGACAGGCAAAUAGUUCACGAGAACGUCAUAAGUCAGGGGACAUUCAACCUUGUUCUCCAGGCAAAGAUGGCCAAGCUUUUGUUUUUGAUAAGAAGCCAAACAAACUCUUAUACCAGACAUCUGGAGAUGAUGAUGAUUAUUUGAAUGCAAAAGGUUUUGAAAUAUCUGGUCCUUCAGGAACUGUGGAGUUUAGUCACUCUCUCUUGAAUCCUUCACAAGAAGAUAACUUUGGGGCUGAAGAAAAUUCUCCCAAAGUACUCCCUACGGUUUUUAAAUGGGAUGGAGGGGGAAAACAAGUGUACAUUACUGGUACUUUUUCCAACUGGAAAACCAUUCCUAUGGUGAAAAGCCAUGGAGAUUUUGUUACAAUUGUUGACUUGCCUGAAGGAGAACAUCAAUACAAAUUUCUGGUUGAUGGAGAGUGGAUGCAUGAUCCAACUGAGCCUGUCACAGAUAAUGGAAUCGGAUCUAAAAACAACAUUAUUUCAGUAAAGAAAUCAGAUUUCGAAGUUUUUGAUGCACUAGACAUUGACAGCAGUACCGUUUCUGGUUCCCAAAGUUCAGAGGAUUAUGGUCAAGAUGUCCCAACACCUCGGCCACAAGAAAAAUUUGCACCUCCAAUUCUACCGCCUCAUUUGCUUCAGGUCAUUCUCAAUAAAGACACACCGCUGUCGUGUGAACCAACGUUAUUACCGGAACCCAACCAUGUCAUGCUCUGUCAUCUAUACGCAUUAUCAAUUAAAGAUGGGGUUAUGGUACUCAGUGCCACCCACCGUUAUCGAAAGAAAUAUGUUACUACACUUCUUUAUAAGCCCAUUUAAUAAGCAAGAACAAUUUGUUAGUUCUAUGCCAAUUCGUUAUGAGGCGUUACAAAAAAAUUAAUUUCCCUCUGUACAACUAAAUUGCGUGUUUCUAGUUCUUCGUUUCAGGGAAGUUAUUCCAUCUACUUUUCUCUAUACAAAUAAUGGUUAGGAGGAUCUUGCCAUUCAUUUUUUUUUUUUUUUUUCGCUUUAAUCGUAAAAGCUUCCCGGAUUAGUAUUAAAUAUAACUAAUAUAGUUUCUGUUCCUGUAUCUUCACACUAAUCCUUCAGUUGGAAUAACAUCGUCUUGAAUACAAGUUAUGCGUAUCAAAAGUA